UUGGCGUUCUACGUCCCGGCGGGCGCUCUUGAUCAUGGGUCGCUCCCGCCGCACAGGAGGGCACCGAGCGCACUCCCUGGCCCGCCAGAUGAAGGCGAAGCGGCGGCGGCCGGACCUGGAUGAGAUUCACCGCGAGCUGCGGCCCCAGGCUCCUACACGAACUCGGCCAGAUCCGGCAGCUGUGCCCGACCCGGACCUGCCAGGGGACGGUCUCCAUCGCUGUCUGGCCUGCGCGAGGUAUUUCGUCGAUUCUGCCAACCUGAAGACCCACUUCCGAUCCAAAGACCACAAGAAAAGGCUGAAGCAGUUGAGUGUGGAACCCUACAGUCAAGAAGAAGCAGAGAGGGCAGCGGGUAUGGGUUCCUAUAUACCCCCCCAACGACUAGCCGUGCCCACAGAAGUGUCCACUGAUAUCCCAGAAAUGGAUACAUCUUCCUGACAUGGCCUGGGGAUACAGGGCACAGAAUUUGCUCAUGAACAGUGGUGCUAGUGGCUGGAGAGACUUGUCAACCUCUUGACUCUGGAUUUGGAGAGUGGUUCUCCUUUCUGCGUGCACUCCCCACCAAUAAAGGAACUGGAUGAAACCA